UAUAUUUUUGAAAAUAAAAUUAUAAUUCUCGAUGGUGCAAGCUUGGAGUAUUGGCAAAAAGUUUAAAAGCCAGCCAAAGUCUGUGAGCCCAGGUCCAGGGCAAUAUACUAGCAGGAAUGAAAACGGAAACAAAAUUCUACCUCCUAAAUGGACUAUUGGGACAUCAAAGAGAAGUGAUAUCAAUCCUAACAGAGCAUUCAGUCCAGGCCCAGGGAAUUAUAAGACAUUGAAAGAUGUAAAUGAAGCUCCUAAGUAUCACUUUGGAGUAAAAUCUGUCACUGAUCUCGAUAAGUUUAAGAAAAGUGUCCCAGGGCCCGGGCAAUAUAAUCCAUCUUCAAAUGCUUUCAGCAAAACUGCUUUCAGUUUUGCAGGAAGACAUGCUACACAGAAUAAAGGGAAUAUGUACAACCCUGGUCCUGGUACUUAUCAGAAUAAAAGUACACUUUCUCAGACUCUAGGAAAAUUUGGAACAUCACAAAAAGGACUUCCUCUUGCAUCAAAAUUGGUGAUUAGCAAUCCAGGUCCUGGUCAGUAUCCCGUUUCAUCAACUGAUGUUAACAAAAAGGCUUCUCCGAGGUAUGGUUUUGGAUCAUCCAAACGAGUAAAUAAUUCAACAACUAAGUUGCAGAAGAUGAUGCCUGGACCUGGUCAAUAUCCCAACUCAAAUGGAUUAGGAAAUUCUGCUCCAAAGUUUUCUUUGACAGCAAGAAGGCCAGACACAACACCUGCUGUUGGAAGACAUUCACCUGGGCCUGGAAACUAUAAUCCUUCAGAUACGUAUUCCAAAAAUAAAUCUCCUAACUGUAAGUUUGGAAGCUCUCAAAGGAAAGACAUCAGGAGGGAUGCCAGCCCUGGCCCUGACACUUACUCUGCUGGAGGGAUGGAUUCAAGAAAGAAAAGUAGCCCCAGCUUUGGAUUUGGAAGCUCUAAAAGACCUGCCCUCGCUCAGACUGGAUUCACUCCAGGUCCUGGAAACUACAGUCAUCAACCCAAAAUUGCAGAGAAGGGAGCUUAUUACAUGGGCUCUAAGCUCAAAGACAGAGCAAAGGAUGAGACUCCUGGGCCUGGAAACUACAACCCUGAUCCAAAAUUGAGCAAAGCCAGCACAACUUUCUGCAAGAUUGGGUCUUCUCAAAGAAAGACUGGUAACAAGCACCAAGAGCUUGUUCCUGGACCUGGUACCUACAAAUACUACAACCCAGCCUUAGACAAAGGACCUCACGUUAAAAUUGGUAGUGAGCAGAGAGGUAAACAGGUUUCUUCAGACACUCCAGGCCCAGGAGCUUACAAAAUCCCAGUCAAAAUAAUUGAUGUGCCUCGCUAUCUGAUCCCUAAUCCAGAAGAGAAGUAUAAAUUCGUUUAG